AUGAACGAGCUGCCGACGGAGAUGGUGCUGGCGGUGCUCGAGUGGCUGGACGCACGCGGCCUGUUUUCGGCCCAGCACGUGUGCCGCUUGUGGCGCAGCCUCUGCGCCAAGAAUAGGUGGAAGGCCCUGUGGCGGGACGCGUACCACCGCACCUGGCCGCCUCCGCUCUUGGCCCUCCAGGAUGUGCCCAACGAGCCCAUAUUCUGGUGGGCUCUGUGCAGGGACCGCCUCACCCGAGCGCUACAGUAUCCCCCUCCUCCUGUCUUGUUUCGUGACCCCAAGGUGCAGAUGGUCAAGUUGGCCGGCGUCGUGGGUGAGAUUGCCGAAUCUGUUCAGCAAAAAGACGAUGAGCCGAAGACGUGGCAGCGCGGAGAGAAACGUACGAGGGUCGAGAUGGAGCCUGCGGGUGAGCCUCGUCAUUCACCGAAGAAGCAGAAGAGGGCAGGCGGCCUCAACAAUUCAGACCACUGGUCAUCAUCCUUGGCAGAUGAUUCGUCGUCAGACGAAUCAUCAUCCUCGGCAGAUGAUGAGUCUUCCUCCUUCUCCGAGGAGUCUGAGGAGGAAGAGAACGAAGAUGAAGCGCCGCAGGGUGGUAUGGUUGUCUGGACGAAGCCGCAGCAGGUCGCGAAGGCGAAGCGUCUUGCCCGCCAGGUGCAGGAGAUCGCAACUUCGCUCCACCAGAUAAGUUUCAUGCGCCACAGCCUGGCCCAGUUGCUCUCGUCCAUCACGUAA